UUCAGCUCGUCCUUCUCAAGUCCUUCCUCACGAUUUUCCUCAUAAUCUCGAGUCUGGUGAUCUUCUACUGGCUGAAAUACGGCGCUGUGAUCUCUGAGCGAUUCAUCAAACCGAGCACUGUGAAGGAGAUUGAGGAGUUGAAGUUAUCAGUGGCGCGUCUGAAACUGCCUAAAGAACACACGCCGCGACUCUAAGUCAGCGAAAUGCCAAAGAAACUGGCCCAAUUCUUUGCGAGGAAGAAGGAAGAGGCAAAGUUCAAGCUUGCCGGUCCGGGAAGGAAGUUGAAUGCCGAUCCGCAGCCGACGACGUCACAGAAGAAGCCCAGCAAGGAGGCUUACGUGAAGCCCUCGCGGAAGGAGCUGGGCCUUGAGGCGCGGAACGCCGCCGCAGCGGCCAUGGCGAGGUGCACGAAGAAGGACACGAAGGAGUUCAACACAUCUCUGGCGGCUAUCCAGGCGCAGGUGCGGAGGGAGUUGGAAGCGGAGAGGAAGGCCAAAGAGGAGAGCACGAAGACGCCUCAGGUGGAUGCGAGUCAGGAUGCCAGGAAGAAUCUCGCCGUCAAGGGCGUUUACUUCAGGUGUCCACUUGUGAGCGAGGAGAUUCUGCCCAAAAGCGAGUGGCGGACCAAAAUCAAGGAAUUUCUGUAUGACCAACUGAACAAUGAGGAGAGUGGCUUAUCCGCUUGUCUUAUUAUCCAAAAUUGCAACACGAAGGAGAAGGCUGACCCGUGCGUGGAGACUCUCACAAAGUAUCUGGAGAACAUCAUAAACUUUCCUGAGGAGGAAAAGUACAGGAAGAUUCGCAUGUCCAAUCGCAUUUUCUCGGACAAAGUCCGUCACGUGGAGGGUGCCAUUGAGUUUCUGCACGCCGCUGGCUUCGAGGAGCAAACCAUCGACGGAGACACGUUCAUGGUGCUCUUCUCGAAGCCCGAGGAGGACGGCACUGAUCAGCUGCAGAUGCUACUAGAUGCUCUCACGCAUGCUGAGAAGAUCAACUUGGAGAUCGACAGGAAUAUUCAAGUGCUGUUGCCGUCGCAGGCGAAGAAGAAUGAACUGCCGCAGGACUUUUUCCGCAUUAGUCUGGAGGAGUUGAAGCGAGAGCAGCAACUGAAGACCGAGGCAAUGGAGAGUUCUCUCGUUCUCAAGACCAAAGCCAUGCGAGAUCGAGAGGAGUUGAGAAUAAUUAAUCGCUACAAGUACACUCUGAUUCGCGUCCGCUUUCCCGACGGUGUCUAUUUGCAGGGAACCUUUAAUGUGUAUGAGAAAUUACUGCAAGUUCAUGAAUUCGUGCAAUCGUGCAUGAAGCACGAAACCGUGGAAUUUCAUCUGGUCGGUCCCACUGGUCACAAAUUCGAGGAGGAGGACUUGGACAAAUCGCUGUACGACUUGCGCCUCGUUCCCAACAUCUUGCUGAUCUUCUCGUACGACGAUCCCGAUUCUGCACCGCCUGGAAAUUACAUAAAGGAGGAGCUUUUAAUGUUAAUCCAGCCACUAUAAGUAUGAAAAAUGACUCUAUGUUUCUGUUUUAAUAUUAAUAAUUUAUCUCUAUUCAGUUGUGUAAACAUUCAUAUAUUGGAGUCCUCAAAAAAUCACUAUUGAAAUUGCAA